AUGGGUGAAAAAGAGACGAGGGUUUGUGAGAGACUUGGCGGAUUAAAUUCCAAAGAGAGGCAACUUGGUCAUUUUAGCAAUGAGAUAUUUUCAGAGGAUGAUGAUGACAAAAGCUUUUUUUUAGUGUGGAAAAGUCGCUUCAACAUAGUUUUAGGAAUUGCGAGAGGACUUCUUUAUCUUCAUCAAGAUUCAAAACUGCAAGUCAUUCACAAAGAUCUCAAAACAAGCAAUAUUUUGUUGGAUGCGGAUCUUAAUCCUAAAAUCUCAGACUUUGGCCUUGCAAGAAUCUUUGGAGGCAAUGAAAGAGAAGCAAGAACGAGAAGAAUUGUUGGUACCUACGGCUACAUGUCUCCUGAAUAUGCUUUUGAUGGAAAAUUCUCUGUGGAGUCCGAUGUUUUUAGCCUUGGUGUAGUUUUGCUAGAGAUAGUAAGUGGCAAAAGGAACAGAGGGUUCCGCCAUCUUGAUCAUCAACACAACAUUCUCGGGCAUGUAAGUAAGUAUGGUAUGGUUGUCCAAACUCAUGUCUUUUAGGUGAUGCUUAACGACGUAAGUGGAU